AUGGCGAAGGCGAAGCCCUCGUCCUCGUCGUCGAAGCAGCCGCAGCAGCAGAACGGCGGCCACGCGGUGCCGUCGAAGCUCGCGCGGUACCUGGACCCGGAGGCGUCGUGGGACAAGGACCAGCUGCUGGACGCGGUGCACUGGAUCCGGCAGGCGGUGGGGCUCGCCUGCGGCCUCCUCUGGGGCUCCCUGCCCCUCGUCGGCGGCGUCUGGAUCGCCCUAUUCUUGGCUAUUUCUACCGGUAUAGUUUACUGGUACUAUGCGUACGUACUGAAGAUCGACGAGGAGGAAUUCGGAGGCCACGGCGCCCUGCUUCAGGAGGGGAUGUUUGCUUCGUUCACACUUUUCCUGCUCUCAUGGAUUCUUGUAUACAGUUUGGCUCACUUCUGAGAAGAAGCUCAUUCGUUGAACAUACCAUGGGACAACUGCCCACCAGACCGGUCAGAAGGAAUUUCGCCACAAAC